GACCGUGUGCCGCGCGGCUGACCAAUAAGGUGUGAUAAAAAAGAAAAAAUUGCAAUUGUUUUACAAGUGAAGUGCUAACGUUUAGGUAAUGUCAACAUUGAAAUAAGUAGGUAUCUGGGUCGAUGGACUUUUAUAGAACACCAACUUCUCCCGAGAGAAACUCCGUUCAUUUUAACUCCGGCAAGCGAAAUAAAACCGGACUUCCACACAGUAAAGAACUCGGCGCGUGAAAAUAUUGCCUAGGUGCCUGUCUAUCUACUAUUAGCUAUGUAAGUGUGUUCGAAUUAUUCAAUGGUCCCACGUCUAUACGUCAUUAAUAAAUUGUCUGCCAAUAUCCCUGGUUUAUGGUUAUUGUUUUUGUUGUUGCCGUUAUCACGACCGCUGUCGCGCUGCGAUAACGUGGACAAAUAAUAACAAUAUUUGGCAUCCAUGUAACAUUUGUAAUAUUAUAUUUUGUAAUAUCGUUGCUAUGGUUUUGUAAAUAAUCGUACCGACUACAAUGGGUAUUACUGUGUUAGACGUAGACCUAUAUUAAGGUUAAUAGGUACACGGUAUUAAGUAAACCGGGAACGUCAGAGUUUAGAGCACGCCGCAUCCUAAACAUCAGGUCAAAUAUUUUAAAUAUUUUUUGUUUUUUUUUUUUCAAAUACGAUUUUACAGUUACUCGCCUAGAAUCCCGAACCCUUAACCAAUCAAUCGACCAUGGUGGUGGCCAAUACAAACGAUAACGCGUACACGCCGACCAUCGUGGCCCAGAUCCGUUACCUGUUACAAUGGUUCCGCGAGUGGAGCGAAAUGGAACGCGGCGAUUUUUUACCGGUGUUGGUCCACGGAUUUGGAGCGAACGGCGGCGCCAUCAAUGGUCUACUACCCAUCAUGGAGAGUCUGUGCAAAGAAGACGGUCGUCCUCUCAGCCUGUUUAAAUGUCGCAUCAAGUUGUUCACCGAAUGGGUUCAAACAUGGUCCGACGACGACAAAGAGAGUUUUCUGAGUGGCAUUCGUUCUAUUGACAUGGAUUUUGCCGAGCGAUACCAACAAAAGGCCAGUGCCUACGUGGUCAGCAGCUCCGAGCAUUGUAAUGGAAUUAACGGCGAUCUAAACGUUGAAGAAGUGAUUUAAAAGAAACUGUUGUACCAAUUGUGCAUACAUUUUCUGUGAUUUUAAAAUAUACUUAAAAUUUUAACUCUCAUUUAUAUUUCGGUAAUGGAUACUUAUAUUAUUAUAUAUUAUUACAUAGUUAGGUAUUUUAAAUUUCAUCAAUUCCGAAAUAGGUGUUUACUAUUUAAUAUUUAUUCGAAUAUGUACUUAUUAAAUACUUACAUAUAUUAUUAGCUCUAUAAUUGUACUUGCAUACCAUAUUUCUUCCCAAGAACUUUAUAAAUUUUAUUGAAAUUUGUUGAGAACUGCCAAAUGAUAAUUAAUUCUGUAAUAUUUGUUAAAUGUAUAAUAUACCUUGGUAAAAAUCAACAAGUUAUUUUAUUUUAGUUAUAAAAUAUAGUUAGUUAAAUGUUGGUAUGCUUUCUUUAAAUAAUAAUAAUUAUACAUUCCGUGUUUUUUAUUAUGUUAUGAUUAGUGCAAUAAAUUUAUUUUUAAUUUUCUUUUUAUUUGAUAUUGUAAUUAAAAUAAUUAUUAUAGGUACAUACUCUAUGUUGAAAAUAAUUUGAUACAAAUAUUUUGAGUUUAUGAUACAAUGAUUAUCUAACAUAAUAAUUUAUUCGAUCAAUAUUAUGAUUUAAGAUUAGCUUUUCUAUCAAGCAGUAUUACUAGUAAUGUAACAGUAUUAUUGAAUUUAAUUACAAAUUGUAUUUAAAUGUAAUUUAUAAUAUAAUAUGUCAUGUUAUAAACUUUAGGCUUAUUAUUAAUUGUGUUGUGCAAUCAUAUUUAAAUUCCAUGUCAAAUUUGUACUUACUAUUUUUUUUUUUUUUUUUUUUAUUGAAGCUAAUUAGAUUAGGUACUUAAGCGUUAAGUCUAUUUUACAUGUAUAUUAUAAUAUAAUUUAUUACAUAUAACCACAUAAAAAGUUAAAUUCAUUUUGAAACAAAUGUUUACUAAAUGUAUUAUUAUUAUUAUUAUUAUUAUUAUAUAAUAUAUAUAUUAAUAAUCAUGAUAAUAUAUAUAUUUAUGUAUAGUGUUUGAAAUGUUGAAAAUAAUAUAUAAGUUUAUAACCCAUAAAUAAAAUAUUAAAAUAAUCAAAUUAUUAUAAUUUAUACAAUUAUCAUUGUAUUGUAACAUAUUAUAUAAAACAAGAAUAAUUUUGAAAGUGUAAGACAAAUGUAAUUAAUUCACAAAUUAAUUAAAGACUAAUG